UGGCAAAUCUUCUCGUCCUCAGACGUCUUUCUUGCUUCUGUUUUGGGAUUUGAUAUCGUAAAGAUCGUUUCUUUUCUUGGGGUUUCUUCAAAUUAUUGAGAUCUCGAUUCAGCCCGAGUGUCUCUGCGUUUCCCCCAAAAUUACAGAUCAUGCACUCUAUGCAAUAUUGAGGACCGACCCGAGUGAUUCUCGUGGGCUCUCUUGAAGGUCGAGUGUUCUUCAAAAGGAUAAUCUUUGGUCGUUCUUUGAUCAAGAAAACAACUUCUUUUUUAGGAGACGGAGAUCCUUUCUGUUCCUUUCUUUUUUUGGAGGUGUGCUGCCGGCAACAUCUAAACCCUCAUUGUUAGCUUUUCUUGGAUCUAAUCAUUCAUGCAAUCUUGUCGUCUUGAAAGAUCUUUCUCGGCUAAUAUGUAGUCUUUCCAGAAAAAACAUUUGUUGUUUCGAGAAGUUGCAUGCUCAAUAUUUGUGUCUUGCUGCGCAAUCUUGAGCACAUUCCAAGAUCAUUUUGUGUAUGUGAGUGUUCAAGUUGUUUCGGUUGCUUAUUUGUGGGUUAAUGGGAAGAGGCAGAGGAAAGGGGAAGAAAUUGACAGCAGUUGCAAGUCAUGAGGAUCUGGAUAAUGAUGGUGAAGAACCCCUUCCUGCAUAUAAAAGAAGGGGAAGGCUGCAGAAAACCCUGAAGGAUAACAUAGAUGAAGAUGAUACUGAAAAGAAUGAAGAAGGGACAGAUGAUACGAAGGUUACAGUGACAAGCAAAGAGCUCAAUGGUUCGAUGGGGCAAAAAGGGAAGAAGAGGAAGAGGUACUCUCAAGUAAAAGAAAAUCCUGAUUUAGUUUCAGAGGAGAAUGGCGAUGAACUGAAACCAAAAACUGAAGAGUUAACCAGGUCCAAUGGUUUUCGACACAAUGGAAGCCGGCGGAAGAGCAAGCCUCGACGGGCUGCUGAGGCAUAAAUCAUGUUCAAACCGACAUUUUAAUUUGCUAUCUCGCUACCAUUACAAAACCAGACAUGGUGAACACCUCAAGUCCUUAUCAGUUCACCUUUUUUUUUUCAGUCGCUUUGUUUCUCCUCUCCUUUGUUUUUCACAAGUGAACCAUAUAGGAAGCUAGGGACUAGAUCAUACUGCUUCCUGAUCUUUGUGGAUGUCCAAACGGUGUAAAAAAUAUCCUUUAACUUUCAUUUUCAUUUCAAUGCAGAGCUUUGAGCACAUCAUUAUCUUA